GGAGGGGCUUCUAAACGACUAGAAAUGUCAAUCUGAGCAAGGGAGUCCCAAUAAUCUGAAGCAAUCUGUAAGGACCUGACCUUAGUCCAUCCAGAUCAAUAGGGAAGUGAGGGUGGAAAGAAGACGAAGAAGAGGAAGAAACAAGGGGCGCAACCGGGAUCGUUUACAGUGGCUGUUCCCGAGGAAAUAUAGACUUCCCGAGCCUGGCACCUUUUGUUGCUCACAUGUUCACACUGUAAAAGUGGAUACCGAGGCAAGUCCGUUGCUUUGCGAGGCUGCAGAAGACUCUUCCUCCCCGCUUCCUAUCAACAUGUCUUUCCCUCAGCUGGGAUAUCAGUACAUCCGACCGAUAUACCCGCCGGAGCGCCAAGGGAUCGCCGGCAGCGCCCGGGCCGGGACGGAGCUGAGUCCGUCCGGCGCACUUUCCAACGUCCUCUCCAGCAUGUACGGAUCUCCUUUCGCCGCAGCCGCGCAGGGCUACGGAGCCUUUCUACCUUACUCCAACGAUAUAUCAAUUUUCAAUCAAUUGGGCGCCCAGUAUGAUCUGAAAGACGGCCACGGUGUCCAGCACCCAGGCUUCGCCCCCCCUCAUCCUGCUUUUUACCCAUAUGGCCAGUAUCAGUUCGGUGACCCGUCCAGACCCAAAAACGCCACCAGGGAGAGCACCAGCACUCUGAAGGCCUGGCUCAGCGAGCACCGCAAGAACCCUUACCCAACCAAGGGCGAGAAGAUCAUGCUGGCCAUUAUCACCAAGAUGACCCUCACCCAGGUGUCCACCUGGUUCGCCAACGCCAGGAGGCGGCUAAAGAAGGAGAACAAGAUGACCUGGACCCCCCGGAACCGCACCGAUGAAGAGGGGAAUGUUUACACCAGCGACCAUGAGGGGGAGGAGGGGGACAAGAGGGAGGAUGAGGAGGAAAUUGACCUGGAGAACAUCGACACGGAAAAUAUUGAGAGCAAGGACGACUUGGACGACCAGGACGACCUUCACUCGGACAUAAAACUAGACGGAAGGAGUGACUCUGAGAUUUCGGACGGCUAUGAGGAUUUACAAGGGCCGGAGCAGAGGUUUCUGAAGGCUGUGGGGAAGGAGGCCAAGGAGGCGCAGAGAGGUGGAGAGCUCUUCCACGGCCACCAUCACCACCACCCAUCUUUGGACAUCAAGGCGUCCCAACCAAACGCAGAACAGCUCAAACUCAACCAGGUGUCCGCCAGCUCUCCGCCUUCAGAGAACAACCCAGCCCCGGCCCAGAAACCAAAGAUCUGGUCCCUGGCAGAGACGGCCACGGCCCCCGACAAUCCGCGCAAGUCGCCGCAGGUGAACGGCAGCGGCCCAGCAGCGACGGGAGGAGGGACGGCCACCCAGACCAUCCUCGGCCCGCACAGACUAAUCUCUUCCUGUCCCGUUGGGAAAAUCCAGAACUGGACGAACCGAGCGUUCUCGGCGCACCAGCUGGCUUUACUGAACUCCAAUCAUUAUCUGGGACUGGCGAACCAGGCCACCGCCACCAGCCUGGCACUGUACAGCAGCAGGCAAACGGAGGACAAGAGUCAUAGUUCAGAGACUCCAGUCACAGGUACAUGUCCCCGGCACUGAGACCCGCAUGUAGAGAAAAAAAAACUAAACUCCAGAGACACUAUAGGCCAUUUCCUGUCAUUCAUUUCUUUAAUUUUAGAUCUCCCUUUGCCUUUUUCUCUCUCUGUCCAGGCCACACAGAUGAUCAGUGUUAAAGUGUUACAGCUAGGAGCAGACAGUGUUUGUAUGUGUGUGUAUGAAAGAUAAAUUGUUGUG